AUGACUAAGGGAGACUGUGAUAAAAACCCAUCACACUCCUCCUCCACUGUUUCCAUCAAGCUAGAAACAACGGACUCUCCUCGCUCUGAUCAUUCAGAGUACUCGGAAUCUUCCUCCAUAGACAUCAUUGAUGAUGGUAUCAAUCGUCCAGGAUACUGCCGGCGUCCUUGGAGGUAUCAAUCUAGUAAUGUUGAAGAAAAAGGUUUAGGUUAUGAUAAUGGAGAUGAUAAAUGUAUUUGCUGGGGUUGUCAUGGAAUCUCUUCUUUCUGUUUUUAUUUCUCUGCUGUAUUUGCUGCGGUUGUCAUUCCCUUGUUGGUUAUUUGGGCUGUAAGUAGACAAAAACCUGACCUAUUCCUCGAGAGUAUAACAUUUGAUAGAUAUUCUAUUGAAGAGGGCAUCGAUCACUAUGGAUUUAACACUUCCAUGGUGACCACAAAUUCCUCUUUGAAACUGACUUUUACAAAUACUGCAACAUUUUCUGGAAUUCAUGUUACAUCAAUUCCAUUGGAGAUGAAAAAUUACAAUCAACUUCCAAUAGCCACCGGAAAUAUACCUAAUUUUUAUCAACGAAGAAAAAGUGCGAGAUCUAUUGACGUGAAGGUUGAAGGAAGUCAAAUUCCAGUGCAUAUAGCACCAGAUGAUUAUGUUUUAGGUGAAUCAAUACCUUUGACAUUGAACAUGAUAGUGAAUUCAAAGGCUAAUGUGUUAUGGAUAUUGGUGACACACAAGUUCAACAUGAAUAUAGAGUGUUCUUUAUAUAUGGAUACAAAGAAGAUGGGUGUGCCCAUUCCUCUAACCAAUACAUGCAAAACUUUCGAUUAG